AUGGUUGACGACCUUGUGAAAGUGUUCGACAGAUUUGAUUUAUCCAACAAAGAAAGUUCAGGUAUUACUUUGGACGGGGUAGAUGAGGAUAUAGGCAAGGAAGAAUGCAGGAAAAGCCUUUUUGGAAGAAUAAUGGGAGAUAGAAUCGCCAACUUCACAGGAGUGAAGAAUUUUGUCAAUCAAGUGUGGGGUUUUCCAAAGAACAUGGUGGCAGUUGAAUUAGGGGCAAAUCUAUUCCAAUUCAAUUUCUCCGAUGCGAUGGAUAUGGAAAAGGUUCUGGACGGAAGACCUUACACAAUAGACAACCAGCUCCUCAAUGUUAAGGUGUGGGAAGAAGGAAUUGAUCGCCGAAUGGAGGCAUUUCAAAAUGCGCACAUCUGGGUUCAAUUAUGGAACUUGCCAGUUCAUUGGAUCACAAAAGAAAUAGGGAUAAAGAUUGGUGGUAUUUUUGAAGCUGUGGAGGACAUUAUCAUCCCUUUGGGGGGCAGCAAAGAAGGGAGACAUAUAAAGCUGAAAGUAGUGAUUAAUAUAUCCCUUCCCCUGCUUAGAGGAACUGUGGUCAAGUUAAAUGGAAUGAAUAUAUGGGUGGACUUUAGGUACGAAAAGUGCCCAGACUUCUGCUAUGGAUGCGAUUUAAUUGGGCACAAUGACAAAGCUUGCAGGCUCAAAGCAGGUACAAACAGGGGUAACCCCAAACCUCAAUACGGGGCCUGGAUGAGAGCUCUGGCCAAAGGAACUUCCCCAAAAAAGAGAACAGAGUACUGA